UAUACGUAUUUCGUCUCUUCGCUCACACCCGUAUCUGUGAGUGAAAGGAGUUGAGGUUACGUUGGUUUUUAUAGAGAAGGGAUUGAUGGUCGAUGGGCGAGAGGAACUGAGUCACUUGGGGAUCACAGAGGAGGGAAGAGGAGGUGGUCCGAGUCAGUGUCUGAGACAAUGGGAGGAGUAAGACAGAUGAAGUUAGCAUUGGUGAUGAUGUGUGUGCUGCUUACCCCGCCCACUACAGCACGCCAGGGGGAUGAUAACCAGCUGAAUGAUGAAGGCGUGGUGGGUGAGCUGAUCCCAGGCACCAUGGAGGGGAACUACAGCAAGGUGGAGUGGGGACCCAGGGCGUACUGUCCGCAAGGAAGCUUCGCCUUUGCAUUUCGAUUGAAGACUGAACCGAUCAUGCUGCUUGGGGACUUCACAGGACUCAACGGCAUCUCGCUCUACUGUCAGGACAAGAACACGGGGAAACUCAAGCCGUCUGUCACUUCCAGAGUAGGCAGAUGGGGAUUAUGGGGAGAUAUCUUCAUGUGCUCGGAAGGGUUUCUGAAGGGAGUAAAGAUGAGGGUGGAGCAGCCGUGGGAGGCGCCGAGGGGUGACAAGUCUGGUGCGAAUAAUCUGGCAAUGCAGUGUCAAGAUGAAGAGAUAAUGAUUGGGGAUGGCACCAAGAGGGGGCAGUGGGGUGAAUGGCAUCUGUGUCCCGAAAAGAGUGCCAUCUGCGGGUUGGCGACGCACGUGGUGCCGCCCCAGCCCCUUCUCACCGAUGAUGUGUCUCUCAUCUCCGCCGCUUUCUACUGUUGUCAAUUUUGAGAGCGUUGGGACAAGCUGCUCCUUGCCACGCCUCUGGAGAGACUGAAUCUGUGAUGCCCAAUAGUGGGAACAAAUAGUUUCCUCACACUGUAGUACUCUUAGUUACAGAAGUAGUAUUAAUGGUAGUGCUCGUGAGAGCAGUAAUAGUAGCGGUAGUAAUAGUAGAAAUAGUAAUAUCGAUAAUGCUAAUAAGUAUGAUGAUAAUGUAAAUAAUAAUUAUAAUAAUUAUAAUAAUAAUAAUAAU